CACAACCAUACCUACCAAAAUAUCCAACACUCAAAUUGCUUCCAAUUCUUAUAAUGAGUAGUACGAGUGCUGCAACAAAAAUGUCCAGGUUGGUUUUCAACCAUUACUUGGCCCCUCACCGUACUGCAUCCACCAAGAUCUUCACCGCUCUGAGCCCUGCUACUGUUGCAGGCUUCAGAUAUUUGAGUUCUUCGCCUCCCACUGCAGAAGACAAGCGAAAGCCGGAAAACUCACAGUCAUCAAGAUGCCAAGGCAGUUGUGAGCUACUGGGGUGUGACUCCCCCUAAGUUCACCAGGGAGGAUGGCUCUGCCUGGCCCUGGAACUGCUUCAGGCCAUGGGAAUCAUACAAAGCUGACACCUCUAUUGAUGUAAUGAAACACCAUCACCCAGCUAAUUUCAUGGAUAAAUUUGCUUAUUGGACCGUCCAAGUGCUCAAAUAUCCUACUUACUUGUUCUUCCAGAGACGGCAUAUGUCUCACGCCAUGUUGCUAGAGACAGUGGCAGCGGUUCCAGGCAUGGUUGGAGGAAUGCUCCUGCACUGCAAAUCCCUCCGGCGUUUCGAGCACAGUGGUGGCUGGAUAAAGGCACUGUUGGAAGAAGCGGAGAAUGAGAGGAUGCAUCUGAUGACCUUCAUAGACAUAUCCCAGCCCAAGUGGUACGAACGGGCCUUGGUGUUCGCAGUGCAAGGCUUCUUCUUCAACUUCUACUUCCUUACGUACGUGGUCUCGCCCAAGCUGGCUCACCGUAUCACAGGGUACCUGGAAGAAGAGGCCGUCAACGCCUACACCGAGUUCCUCAAGGACUUAGACAAUGGCAGCUUCGAGAAUGCUCCGGCCCCGGCCAUCGCGAUCGAUUACUGGCGGCUGCCAGCCAAUGCCACGCUCCGAGAUGUGAUCGUGGUCAUAAGGGCGGACGAAGCACAUCACCGAGACAUUAACCACUAUGCUUCGGAUAUUCAAUGUCAAGGAAUGGAGCUGAAGGAGGCACCUGCUCCUAUUGGGUAUCAUUAAAUCAUGGCAUGGAGUGUUUCUUCUUGACCACAAAAAAACAAAUAUUUAUUUGUCUCAUUUUUUACUCUAUUAUGUAUAUAAGCGUGUGAGUUUUUUUUUUAAUAUUUUUUAUGUGCAAGUUUGUGUCUAUAUAUAUGUUAUUUCUUCCUACCAAUGUAGUUUUUCCUAUGAAGAAAAAUAAAAAUAAUAAAGAAAA